AUGACCAUGACCAAUACCAAGAUGACGCUCGUUGACUGGCUCGACGACCUGUGCGUGCGCUUCAUCGUCAACCUGCCGCAGGAGGAGCUGCUCUCCGUCGAGCGCAUCUGCUUCCAGAUCGAAGAGGCCCAAUGGUUCUACGAAGACUUCAUCCGCCCGCUGGACCCCCACUGCCUGCCCUCGAUGCACCUGCGCAAGUUCUCCCAGCUCAUGUUCCAGCACUGCCCGCUGUUCUCGGCCUACUCGGCCGAGCUGCACCAGCAGGCCUACGACCAGUUCCUCGCCUACAAGACCCGCGUCCCCGUCCGCGGCGCCAUCAUGCUCAACCAGGACAUGACCCACGCCGUCCUCGUCAAGGGCUGGAAGAAGGGCGCCAAGUGGAGCUUCCCGCGCGGCAAGAUCAACAAGGAGGAGAACGACCUGGACUGCGCCGUUCGCGAGGUCUGGGAGGAGACGGGCUACGACCUCAACCAAGCCAGCCUCGUCCUGCCCGAGCACCAGAUGAAGAGCAUCACCGUCACCAUGCGCGAGCAGAGCAUGAUGCUCUACGUCUUCCGCGGCGUCCCCAUGGACACGUACUUUGAGCCCCGCACACGCAAGGAGAUCUCCAAGAUCGACUGGUACAAGCUGACGGACCUGCCCACCGUGCGCCGCAAGAACCAGGCCCAGCAGCACGGCACUGGCCAGGACCUCAUCAAGGAGAACAGUUUCUACAUGGUCGCUCCCUUCCUGGGUCCCCUGAGGGCCUGGAUCAAGCUGCAGCACAAGCUCGACAAGCAACGGGCCCGUGUCGGGCAACACGUGGCACCGCCGCCCGCCAUAACCGAUGACGACGAUUUCCAGCCCGAGCGGUACGAUGCCACAGGCAACGAGGGCACUGCGCAACCUGCUGCACAGCCCCUUGACGACGACAACUUCGCCAACCUCGUCGCGCGACUCGGACAAGCCCAGACCCCGAGCGAGUUAGCAGCCCAGUCGUUGCCUUCUGUCGAUCCCGCGGCAGAGCUCAAGAAACUGCUGAGUGUGGGCAGAGGACCAGCUGCACCUGUAGAGGCACCGGGCAUUCAGCCUCAGGCAAACCCGCUGCUAGCCCUGCUGCAAGGGAACAGCGGCCCCAGAGGAUCCUCAGGCUCUCUGCCCCAGACACCAUACGAGCAGAUCGUGCACACGCCAAUGCAACCCCCUCAGAGUCCACAUGGCCAGCACCACCCUUUGCCGCCGCAGAUGGGUCCCCCGCCUCCGUUCCCCUUCCCACCGCAACAGAACAUGCAUUUCCAGGGAUCGCCACAGCACCCGCAAGACAUGCCAUUGCACCUUCCACAGCACUUCAUGCCACCGCCUCCGCCUCCUAAUCAGAACUUCCAGCAGCAGCAAAGCUUCGGCCAGCCACCGCCUUUGCAAGAACAAAUCACCGGUGCGCAUGGCAGGCCAGAAGCACCCCAUGCGUCUGGUUUGCCCACGCCAAAGCUUACUGCUCACGCUCUGGGUUUGCUGAACUCGUUCAGAAUCAGCGAACAGAAGCCCACCCCACCGCAAGCUCAUGCCUCGUCGCUGCAGCAGCCUCAGUACAGCACACCGAGACUGCAGCAGCCGCACCCACAGUAUCCACCUCACGAACUCGUGUCUCCUCCACACGUGAUGAGCCCGCCCACAUUUCAGUCACCUCCACUGAGCCAACCACAGCCAAAGCCAAGGACUGUGCAUCAAGACUCAUUGCUCACGCUUUUCAGUGCGACGCCGCCGGCGAAGUCUCCCGCACCAGCAGAGCCAGCAGAGCUCUCGGCAUACCCGUUAACUCCCGGCUUCGUUCAGGCGCAGCCAUCAACAGGCCAAGGCAACCCUCCAAACCAAACCCUGCUCGACCUCUUCAGCACCAAGCCCAAGACUGGACUCACCUCGGCUACCGUCAAUGGACCGGUCAAUGCGCCCGACUUCGAUACGGUGAAGAGACGCAACCGACCAUCCAUCAACGGCAACUCUCGCGGGCCUUCUCCUGCGACUCAAGUCCCAAUGGCACGAGUUGGGUCGGAAGUGACUGUUAUUGCUGCCUCGAAACACGCUCAACAGGCCCACGGAGACGUAUGCGCAGCGCCGGCGCCGGCUUUCCAGCCACAGAUCCUGAAGCGAUCUCAGCAGGCUGCACCAGCCCCUGGACAUACGGCGCACGCACAGGGCCUGUUGGACAUGUUCAAGGGCCCAUCACCCCAACUUGCAGCUGCUCAACCUGCCGUUAUACCUGCUCCCACAGCACAAGCACAAGGUAUGCUCAAUACGCUCAAAGGACCUUCUCCUCAGCCAGCAGCUGCCCGGCCGGCCCAAGCCCAAGGUCUUCUAGACAUGUUCAAGGGAUCUCCUCAAACAAAGCCUGCACAACCUGCGACGACGCUGCCUGCAUCUGGUGCACCCCCAACAGCUCAGGCCCAAGGACUUCUGAACAUCUUCCAGAACCCUUCCCCACAACCAUUCGCUCAUCCCGCACAAGUACGAUCCGUCGCGUCCCCCGCUACCCUUGCGGCGCAGCCCACCUCCUUUCACAGGCGCGAGUCUGUCGCAUCAGACCAGCGCAACGCUCUCCUUGGCCUCUUCAGCAAGCCGUCGCCGCAGCCCACAGCCCGCGUACCCAUGCAGCAGUCGCACAGCCCGCUGCCAUUCAGCCGGACGCCGAACCCACCGACGCCCAAGACCGCCAUGUCCGGCCUCGUCAGCCCCGUCAGUCCGAUGCAGCAGGGCAGUCGCACUGGCACGCCUGCCGAUCUGGCGAGCAGGAGCCGCAUCUCGAGCAUCGGCGAGCCUACACCGGGGCAAUCUGAGGUGCCAGUUCUGCAGGGCCCGGGCUUUAGCUUGGUGGGUGCGAAAGCGAGGGAGAGCGACGCGAAGAGCCCUGUGGAUAAGACGUUUUUGCUUGGGUUCUUGGAGGACGUGGCGCGGCGUGGGCGGUGA